CGCGCAAUCAUAGACUUCUGUUUGUCCUUGUCUUGGAGGAGGGACUAUCACGAUGAACAGGCCCUCGCUGGCAAACCUGCCCGACGACCUCAUCCUCGACAUUGUCCAGCAUCUCGACACAGCCCGCGACGUGGCUCAUCUGGGGAGCACCUCGCGGCACGCCCAUGAGGUCAUCAACCAGAGCGGAUGGCGGAGCUUCGUGAGGGCAAAGUUCCCCUCCAUUGACGCCCCCACGGGGCUGCUGAUGGGUGGUGGAUGGAACGCCGUGGCAGACCGCCUGACGUAUCUGGAUCGGUGCUGGGAUACCCGUGGCUUCCACCUGACGGUCUACGGGGAGAAGGCGCCGGCACGGCCCAAGAGGAGGGACUUUGCGAGGAACAGGCAGUCGGUCAACUUCCACUCCGUCAUUGAUGCCGCGACGCUGGUGUCGACGCAGGAGGAGUUGCUGGCGUACGGAGCCGGAGAGAAUCUGGUCAUUGGACGAAGAGGCGUGAGUGGCAAGGGCCGAAGCCGCUGGAGCAAGCUGGGAGGCCGCGAGACGGGGUAUGCGGCCGGGACGGGAGACGUGACGGCGAUCAGCAUCAUUGAGCGGCAGGAGGCCCCAGAGGUGGUUGUUGGAAGGGCUGAUGGAGAUGUUCAACUGCUGUCCGUCGGAGAUGAGACGCUGUUGAAGGCGUCUCAGAGCUUUGCUUCUAUACACGACACCGCCGAUCCAGCAAAGGCUCCCCUGACACGAAGGUCUCCCGGGCAGAGAGCCAUCUCUUGGACCGAGUGGCAGCCCGAGGCCAAGCUGCUGGCAAGUUGCAGAAGCUCCGUCCUGACGCUGUACAAUCUUUCUGACACCGAGGAAGCGACGCUGAAACCGGUGCUAUUCUAUGACGUGUCCAAGGACAGCUCUGCGGACGAGGUCUCGCUGCUACGCAGCGUCAAAUUCAUGGGCCAGGACGUGGUUGCCUGCGGAAUUGGUGGCAGCAGCGAGCCCUUGCGAUGGGCCCAGAUUCGACCUACAGGGAUUGAGUUCACCAAUGCAGCCAAGAAUAUCAGGUUGAGCGCGGAGGGGUCCUUUGCAGACUCAGGGCGACUGGCCGAGAAGACGACGGUGCGAGCCAUUCAGCCAGUUUCACGGAUGAACCAGAACCUGCUGCUCAGCGCCUGGGACGACGGAAGCCACAGGAUUUCUGAUUUGCGAACCCCCUCGGACCACGACGUUCUGUAUCGCGAUGGCUUCCAGCCGUACCAAGGCAGCAGCUCACUGCUCGUAUACGGAUCCGAACGUUUCGUGGCUGGCAACAACUGUAGCCCCGACCUUCGCUUCUUUGAUUUCCGUUUCCCAAAGGCGUAUCACCACACCAGCGCCCUGCCUUGCAGCGCGGACGCGCCUUUCCCCGGACGGCCCUAUCAGUACGGUGCCGUCAACGACCUGGAUGGGCUUCAGCUGGACCCGGUCGACAAGUGCGACUCGGCGUCUGGCCGGGCAUGCACAUGGCACCACCUCUCACGGCAAGACAGCUGGCGGCCGGACGCGGUCAUGCACAUUUACUCCUCCUCCAUGGACCGAGUUCACUGCCUAGCCAAAGCGUCAGACCUGUCGACGUCCUUCUACUGCGGCGUCAGAGGAGCUCUGGUGGAGGCGACGCAUGCCCUGGCCGAGGACGUGGACGCGGUUGCUUCUAGCCGGUCCGCCCCGGAGGGAUGGCAGGCCAGCGAUCCAGAGGGGCGAGCCUCGCUGAUUGAGACGGGGGUGGGCCGCCGGGAUGGAGAUUCGCAGCUGGAUGAGCAGACGCAGACGAGGAUGCCGGAGCUGUACUAUUACGAACGGUGGACGAUUCCAGAGACGGAGGGCCUGGAAGGGGGAGGAGAGACGGCAAGGAAGAGGGAGACGGGUCGGCGUUUGGAUCCGGCGCUGGUGGCCAGCCGAAGGAGCAGGUGA